UAUUCUGUACAAGUAAGAGGCAAGGAUGACAUCCACAGCAAAUCGACUGGCCCGUAAGCAGGAUAGGGAACAGGGUAUUGGUACCAACGAGUCCCCAGUGAAGUUCUCACAGCAGGAUUAUGAUGAUUUGCGCCAGCAGUGUCUGAAGAGCAACCGUCUGUUUGAGGACAACACUUUUCCAGCUGAGCGCAAAACCCUUGGCUACAAGGAACUGGGACCAUACUCACCCAAUACGAAGGGUGUGGUUUGGAAAAGACCAAAUGAGCUUUGUUCCGACCCCCAGUUCAUCCUUGAUGGAGCUACAAGGACAGACAUUUGCCAAGGAGCUCUAGGUGACUGCUGGCUCCUGGCUGCCAUAGCCUCCCUGACAAUGGACCAGCAGAUCCUGGAUCGUGUGGUGCCCCCUGGACAGAGUUUCACUGAAAAUUAUGCUGGGAUAUUUCAUUUUAAGUUUUGGCAGUUUGGUAAUUGGACGGACGUGGUGAUUGAUGACCGUUUACCCACCAAAGAUGGCAAGCUGCUGUUUGUUCACUCAGCUGAGGGCUCAGAGUUUUGGAGUCCGCUGCUGGAAAAGGCCUAUGCUAAACUGAAUGGCAGCUAUGAGGCCCUGAUAGGUGGAAGCACUAUUGAGGGCUUUGAGGAUUUCACAGGAGGAAUUGCAGAAACAUUCAUGCUAAACAAGGCACCAUCAAAUCUGUUCUACAUCAUCCAGAAGGCCCUGAGCCUGGGGUCGCUGCUAGGUUGCUCUGUUGACAUUACCAAUGCCAGAGAUUCAGAGGCAAUUACAUCCCUCAAACUUGUCAAGGGACAUGCAUACUCACUCACUGGUGCAGAAGAGGUUAACUACCGUGGCAGCAGGGAACAGUUGGUCCGCCUCAGGAACCCCUGGGGUCAGGUGGAGUGGACAGGACCUUGGAGUGAUGGAUCCCGUGAAUGGAACUACAUCAAUGAAGAUGAGAAAUCUAAUUUGAACAGCGUGGCUGAAGAUGGAGAGUUCUGGAUGUCGUUCUCAGACUUCACCAAGAAUUUCUCCAAGUUGGAGAUCUGUAACUUGACCCCAGACUCGAUCACAAGCGAAAGUACAAGUUGCUGGAGCCACUCCCAGUUUGAAGGGAUGUGGAGGACUGGCUCCACUGCUGGUGGCUGCCGCAAUAAUCGAGCUACAUUCCCAUCCAACCCACAGUUUAUGAUACGCCUGGAGGAUGUAGAUGAUAAUCCUCUGGAUGGGGAGGAUGGAUGCACCUUUCUGGUGGGGUUGAUGCAAAAGGAUUCACGCCAGCAGAAGAAACUUAACCGUGACCAUGAGUCCAUUGGCUUUGUCAUUUAUAAGGUCCCAGAUGAGUACAAAGGCCGUAACAAUGUUCGUCUAGGUCCUGAUGUACUUCUGCGUCAGAACCAUGUAGCACUGAGCUCCUUCACCAACACACGUGAAGUGUGUGAGCGCUUCACGCUUCCUCCAGGGGAAUACGUCAUCAUCCCCUCGUCUUUCGAGCCUCACAAGAACGGCAACUUCGUUCUGAGGGUCUUCUCAGAAAAACAAGCUGCCUCCAGUCGACUGGAGAAGAAAAUCCAUGUUAAAAUAGAAGAGAAUGAACCAUCUGAGAAGGAUGUGGAUCCUCACUUUAAGGAGAUCUUCAGGCGCAUUGCUGGGUCUGAUAUCAAGACAAAGGGCUUCAGCCUUGACACAGCUCACCUUAUUGUCAAUCUGCUGGAUAAAGAUGAAACCUGCACGUUGGGACUGACAGAAUUCUACGUGUGUUGGAAAAAAAUGGAGAGAUACCUGGAGAUCUUCAAGCUUAUUGACACAGACCACUCUGGCACCAUGAGCACACAUGAGAUGAGAGAUGCCGCUGCUGCAGCAGGUUUCAACAUCAACAGUGCCUUGCUGCAGGCCAUUGUCAAUCGUUAUGCCGAUGCACACUAUGCUAUAGACUUCGAUGGUUUUGUGAGCUGUCUUGUUAAACUGGAAAUGCACUACAAAAUGUUUAAAGCUCUGGAAAAAGGUGACUCAGGAAAGAUUGAGCUGGACAUGCAACAGGUGUGUGAGAGAAUAACAAACCCUGCUGGUUUGUCAGCAUUUCUUGUUUAGUCAGCUCGUUAUACCAUUUUGCUCCCUCUUACAGUGGAU